CUCUCCGCGCUCGAAUCAUUGUUUAGACGCCAGCAUUUGGUCAGCGCGUUGUAGAUAGACAGUAGCAGCGCCCCUAAGUGAGAAGCAGCGCCACUAAGUGAGAAUCAGCGCCAUAAAGUGAACUAACGCCGGCCCGCUUCUGUAACCUGCCAUCAAUUAAUAACACUAAUUCAUUUUCUCAUCAAUAAUUCCUCACUACUUAGCAUAUGCUGACUGAAGUCACAACAUCUAGCUGCAUAUAGAUCUAUCAGUUGAUCGCGACUUGCAUAAAUAGAACUGCACACAUAUUGAUUUCAAUUUGACUAGAAGAGUCUCCCAUAAGACUUCUGUUAUACAGUUAUCUUCCGAAUUACUGCUGACAACCGUCUUGGCGAGUAAAUUAAUCUAUGCCUUGGGUCUGACAUGCCGAUGUAUGGCAAACUUUUUUUAAAACUACAAAUUUGUGUAAAAGUACAAUUGGUAGGAAUGAGGUACAUUCUAUUGAAUCAGUUGUAAUGUUACAUUUGGAUAACUACCAUAAAGUUUCAGAGUAACUGAAAGUUGUGUUCUUUGAGACGCUCGGACGUGAUUGGCUACGUCUGCAGACACCAUGAACAAUACGACAUCCUUGAGCGCUUUGAAAAACGUGCACCCCACACUGGAAGUGAAUGUCGUGGUGGUGGUCAUGUUGUCGAUAUUUAGUGUGGUGGGCGUCAUUGGCAACGCUCUGGCUUUUUACAUCUUUUUUCGCAGAAGAUCAACGUCAACAUCAGUCAUCUUUAUUCUCGCCCUUGCAGGUACAGACUUCAUAACUUGCCUCAUCACUAUACCUUACACGGUGGUCUUUGAGCUGCUCACCUACAAACUCGUCUACGACCUGGCGUGCAAGUCCUACAUGUUUCUCAUAACUUCCACUGUCCCGUUUUCCGCCUACAUCAUGGUGGCAAUAGCCUUGGACAGGUACUUCUGCAUCUGCCAUCCUUUCCUCCAUGCUUUCACCAUCCCACGGGCCAAAGCGCUUAUCUUCUGUAUGGGCAUCCCGGCCAUUACUUUUGGCAUUAUAACAGGGAUGUCUUACGGUACGUACUUCUAUGACGAAAUUGAGUAUGUAGAUAUUAACGUCACAGAUGUGACCAAGCUGCCCGCGGAACUGGAAGAGCUGAACCUGACGGAGAACAAACUCAUCUACUACGACACCUGCGUGCACACCAAAGUCUAUUUCAGUGACAGCUUUCUGAACUUCUACAAGAAAGUGCACGCUCUCAAUUUCCUCGUUGCUUACGUCAUUGUGGCAAUUCUCUACAUCAUGAUCUACAAGUCUAUCUUCACUCGAAGAGCUAACAAAGCCAGGAGAAAGAAGAACAAUCUGUACCCUGUCUCUGGCACUAAGUUAAAAACUCAACCUGCCGAAGAGACGCAAAUGACUGUUAUUCAAAAUGCGGAUAACGACAGUCCUAAAAUGAUUAAUAAUCAGGCAAGAAAAGACGCUAAAUGUGCUCGAAAAAUAACAUUGACCGCACGUAACGACCCUACAGCGUUUGUGAAGGCUGGUUCUCGUGUCGUGACUAUACCGGAAGUACAGGAGGACGAGAGGACCAACUUGCUUCCCAGCAGCGAUGAAGUGGGUCAGACUGACACCACCAAUGUCACCAAAAUCUCAGCGGCAGAAGAAGAUGUGAGAGCUGGGCACAAUCUGCAAGAAAACAUAAACACCAAUAUCUCGCCUAACAAAAGAGCACUUUCAGAAGAUCCCACUAACAGAAAUGACAAAUCACAAAAUGGCUACGUCAAAGGCACAGCAGAAAGAAGCAACCUGGAAUCUGACAGUGAAGGUACAAAAAAGAAUGACGAAGACACCAACAAUGUCAAUGUUUACAACGGCACAGCGCCCGAAGAGAAGCCUCUCCUCCCUCAGCCUGUUCCAACCCCUGUUCAACCAAGCCUCGUUCCUCCCAACACGCUAUCGCUCAAACCCAACGCCAUAUCACACCAGUGCACUGAAACCAAGCUGGCCGCCUCAAAGAAACAUGCUACUGGAAAACACGUGACCACGGACGGUCAGACCAACAGCAUCAAAAGAAAACGCCCGAGCACAGUUCGGGACCGGAACUUGAUGGCCAACAUUAAAACUGCCUUCAUGCUAUUCAUUGUCACUUUGGUGUUUAUUGUGGCUUUCCUUCCGGCACUCUUAAUGGCCAACGAACUGAUCCCAUUGAAUCUGAUCGUAUUUUACAGUUAUUUCAUUUAUAACGUGGCCAACCCAUUUAUCUACGCCUUUAUGAACCAGACAUUCAGAGAAGACCUGACAAAGAUUGUUUCCGUUUGUAAAAAGUAGACUCGCGCUAAGACUUGAUCGUCUCGAUCCAUUGUCUUCAAAUUGUACCAUUCCGAGACAUAAGGUUUUCUGUCUUGGAUCCUAGAUUUGAAAGAACAAAUGUUGAGACAGUCUCAAACUCUAGUCUGAGACAUCUCAAAACGUCUGACUGCUUAUAGACUAAUACAAUGAUUCUUGGUUGGUAAGAAAUGAAUAUAAAAAUAUAGAAGAAAGUGACUGGCGGUACAGAUGACGUGUCGACAAUAAGCCAAUAAGGCCAAGUCUUGCAGUAUAAGUUGACUAUUCUUAAGUAGCAGGACCUUAAAACAAAAAUGCUUGCUAAAGCAAUGCUUCAAAAAUAAUGAUUGAAAUACAUUAGCGAUUGGAGCGUCAGAUUUUCUGAAAAACUGAGACACAGGUUUUUCGCACUGACGGUAUAAACGGGAUAUUGUAAUAUAGCAGAAUAUAACUAAACUAUUCCUACAUAUAACAAUUGUAUAUAUAUAUAUAUAUAUAUGAAUAUGACAAUAUUUCUUUAAAAAAAACUGUAAUUAAUAUUAAAAUGUGUUUAAAACAAAACAACUACAAAAAGUGUGUAACUACGCGCUCACUCAAUACAAUUGUAUCACACACAGUGCUAUGAAUACCUCAGAGUAAUGGGCGAGUUACAAAGAUGCAAAGUGAAUGUAAUGCUAAGAAAUCGGCAACUGCUGUAGAAUCAGGUCCGAAUAACAAUAGCAAUAACAACGUAAACAUAAUAGAAUUCCCGUCAGAACUGCUGAAGUAGAUUUGAGCUUAUUCACGUUUCCAGAGGCGUACACUACGUGCGGGAGAUGCUAUUAUUCUUGUACAAUAAUUUGUUCUAUAUGAUAAACAGCGCUAAGGUUUUUUCUCAAUUCUCAAAAUGUACAGAAGGAAUCCCCAGUGUCAAUAGACAAACUGAUAUAUUCAUAAUCAGUACCACGAUUUUACAUCAUUAGAAGAAGUAGAAUUAUUUAAUACCAUAUUCACAUAUUUCUUCAUAUAAG